UGUUCUAGAGCUCUUCAUAAAGGCCGGAGUAGCCGCCAGAGGUCCAGUCAUUCCCAGUGAGGACCUCACAGAGGAAGGUUGACUUGUCCACGAGAGAGGGGAGAGAGAAGGUCUCGGCACACACACGGUACACGGUUCUAACCUCGUACGUACAACCUUCUCCACUCCAUCAACCGGCCUGGCAUCGGCUUACCGCGACCCAAGCUGGAUAUAUUGGUCCUUCCUACCACUGAGGUUUCUACCUCGCCGUAUUCACGGGUGAACCAGGUGCAUGGGACACUAGGAGAGCUGUACGUCCCGACCGUCCCGAUGUUGGACACUCUACAGCGCACCUCCACGCAAACCCAGCCGCCGGGGAUGGUGGUGACGGGAGAGACGACCAUCGCGCAGGGCUCGCCGAGAAGCUGCGGCUCCACCAGCCCUACCUCCAGCUGCAGCUCCGUCGACGCCGUGCACAAGUCCUUCGAGGUGACGGAUUUGAACGGCUCCUCGUUCCCCGUCAGACCCACCGAAGAGUCGGCGAGGGAAGCGGAGGACACCGCCGCCAGGAGAAACAAGGACCCGUCUCUGCAGGGCUUGAGUCGAGAGGAGCGGCGGCGGCGGCGGAGAGCGACCGCCAAGUACCGCACGGCGCACGCCACGAGAGAGCGCAUCAGAGUCGAAGCCUUCAACGUCGCCUUUGCCGAGCUCCGAAAACUCCUCCCCACCCUUCCCCCAGACAAAAAACUCUCCAAAAUAGAAAUCCUCCGGCUAGCUAUCUGUUAUAUAUCCUACCUCAACCAUGUAUUGGACGUGUGAAAGACUCGGUACAGAGAGGUGUAUAGAAAGACUUGCCCAGCCCCAGACUGCGCUGUGCGUACGAAGGAAAACUCCAGGCAAGCCCAACUGUCUCCAAAUAUCACGCCAAACCGCCAGACCUCCGUAAGUUGCCAAUGAUGAGUACGGCUAUUUUUAUGAGUGAGAUACUGAGGGACACAUUCUCUGUAAAUACAUAUUAUAUUUAUUCUGUGUCCGUAACUUAAAACAAUGACAACGCUAGACUCUGUAAUAUAUAUCGUCAAUUCCUGGGUAGAGGCGCCAAGUUUCCAUGUGCUUACAAUCAUAUGUUUGCAAGUAUAUUUUGAGACUUAGUACAUCAAUGUAGUCAAGUUGGCCAAGAGGCCGCGAUGUCCAAAGAAAUACCCCAUGCACGCAUUGACUGCGUCCUUUAGAUGAAAAAAAUCGUCUGUUUUAAGAUGUGUUGUUGAAAAAGCAAGUGACAAUGAUGAAACAAACAAGAAUUGCUCCGACAAUGAUUGCUGACGAUUAGCAAUUUUAGGUCAUGCUUCUAGGCGUAGACAGGAUGUUUUCAUUUCAUUACUCUUUUAGUAUGAAAGACAAUUUUCUUGAAAGAAAAGCCUAAGAGACAACCAAAUGCCAUAUCUCUCCACAGUAGUAGCCUUGAUCUACAGACUUCUAAAGCUUCGCUGUACAGAGUGAAAAUGAAAGAUAAUAUGCUGUACAGUCUAGCCACGUCGUAAUGUUGUGUCGAGGCUAUGGGUGCGAGUGGAGCCAAAGAAAUGAAGCUUUAUAUAAUAUAUCAUUGAAUGUUGUCGUGAUAUUUGUUGUGGAAUGUGUUGUUCUGUGUGAAAUCGCAAUACUUUUUGACAUGAUCAGAUGAUAUU